AUGGGCCGUUUGGUAACUUUGUUUCAACUUCUUAACAAACCCAGUUGGCGUGCCUUCACCUCUCCAGGAGGGUCAGUUCUUCUGAGAGGCCUCGCGUACGUGCUGCCGUCCAUUCCCGGACACCUCGGCGCAGCGGUGCUGGACCUGUCUGCAAGCGGGCACCAUACGUACGUGGUGGGACAGGAUGGCCGCCUGGUACGGUUCGGCGUUCGCAAGGCCCGAGAAAUCCCUGAGGGGCUACCUCCAGUGGUCACCGUGUCAACAAGCCACCGCCACACCUGCGCCGUACAGGUGGAUGGACAGCUCAGCUGCUUCGGUUGGAACCAAUAUGGGCAGUGCGACGUGCCCGAAGAUUUAGGCCUUGUCACAGCAGCUUCCGCGGGCGACAAGCAUACUUGCGCAGUGACGGCGAUUGGGGAACUGGUUUGCUUCGGCUUGGCGAAGUUCUGCCAAGUGCCGGAUAAGUUGGGUCCCGUGCUGAGCGUCUCUGCAGGUACCACACAUACGUGCGCGAUCCAGACCAGCGGUAUGCUUCUGUGCUUCGGAGCAGGCGGGCGUGAGAUCCAGACCCCAACCGAGUUGGAACGGGUUGUGGCCGUUUCGGCCGGACAGGAGCACACUUGUGCUGUAGGCACAGCCGGAAAUUUGAUAUGCUUCGGAGCGAACUCUUUUGGGCAGUGCGACGUUCCGGGAGAUAUUGGAGCAGUCCUUGCUGUCUCAGCAGGCGUUGCCCACACCUGCGCCAUCUGUGUAGAUGGCCGGCUGGUGUGCUUCGGGCGAAAUCAUGCAGGGCAGUGCAAUGUACCCGAUGACUUGGGUGCCGUCCUCGCUGUUGCAGUGGGUUCGGGUCAUACUUGCGCCCUUCGCGCCGAUGGCCGCCUGACAUGUUUCGGCGGCAACAAGUGGGCGGAGUGUGAUGUCCCUCCGUCCCUGAACCCUAAACCCUGA